GCUCAAAUCAAAGGGACGUAAAUCGCUCGAACGAAACCCUCAAGACUUCCGCCCACAGAAUUCUGUGCUUCCGCCUCACUUUUCGAGCCAACCAAGACCGAAUCCAACCCAAGACAGAAUAAGACGACUUAUUCCGUCUUGGAUGCAGCCGAAUCAACGGGGAUUGCCUGUCGCUAUUUUUAGAACCAGAGAAAGUAAGUUGGUACUUCCGGUAGGCUACUUGCUCCUCUGCAACUGUGAAAAAAUAAACAAUUGUGAUAAAAUCACAAUAUUUACGAAAAUAUGGUUACAUUAAUGUGAGGGAUUGAUAUGUUCUCUAUGAAUGGGAAAAUAGUUCUUUCUGUGUGAUACAACCGUAGUCCAGGGAAGCAUGGCAUCGAAUUCUUUUAUGGAAAGGCUUCGCACCUUUCAUCCCCCUCUACCAACAAACUUCACUUCACUCUCAAACUCCUACUACACUCCAAUGAAGUUUGCAGAAGCCGGCUGGCAGUGGGAGCGCGAAGACAAUGUCCUUUCCUUGUCAGAUGAACUAGUAUGUCGCUCUUGUAGUGUAAGGCACAGUGGAUGGUCAGGGGAGUCUCCCUUUGCUGCCCACCGGACGAAAAGUCCCAACUGUCAUUUUCUUAAUACAGCACCAAACCCGACCAGCAUCCAAUCUCCUUUUGUUGACGGAGAAGCCACCUCUUCAUCCCCUUUAAUUCUAAUGAAUGAGAUGAAUGAAGGUGCAAAUAUACAGGAACUGGAAACAAUAUCAUCCAUCUGUAACUCAUGUGUUUCUAGCGAUGCAGAAACUUUGAGAAGAAAGUUAUUCUUGAGUAGGCUGAACUAUGAUCAUCACUCUCAGUCUCGGACAUCAUGCAGACGCCAACUUAUCGUUCACCCUCUCAAACCUCUUUCUGGUGGGUAUCCCAUGUUGUUUGAAAGUCUUCGACUGACUACUUACAGUUCACCAAGCUCAGUUGAGGCUGCAAAAUGGUCAAGAGAUGGCUUCAUCAUGAUUUCUAACCUCCGAGCCCUAUGUGUUUUCUGUGGACUCCAGUUGGAGUUUGACGUGUGUGUUGACAUUGGACAUGUGCACAAGGAAAAGUCACCUGAGUGUCCUUUUGUGUGCCACUUUGAUGUGGGAAAUAUUUCUAGUGAAGUGCAAAGGAGUAUUCUGGAGAAAGAGCGUUCAAAGCAUUUUGUGGACUUUAGUGAGCGGGAUUCUUCCGUGGUAAAAGAGUACAGUAUCAUGUACCCAGAGUUUGAGAGUGCAACAGACAGAUCUGGUACCUUUAAUUUGUGGCCAAAGCUUCAGAGAGCAAUGUUUCCUCCUGUUGUUAUGGCUGAUGCAGGUUUUUACUAUACAGGUCACAAUGACAUGGUCUGUUGUUUUUCCUGUGGUGUUGAACUCUUUGACUGGAUACCUGGUGCUGACCCCCUGACCCAGCAUGCUUGUGCCUCUCCUGUUUGUUACUUCUUGCUGCACAGCAAAGGUCAAGAGUUCAUCAAUAAUGCUCAACAACAAGAGCUUGUGGUUGGAGUAAACCAAGAGAGUCAAAUACAAGGUCUUGAGGCAGCUACUUCAUCCACCACACUGUCAACAGCAGCAGCAACAUCAUCAUCAUCAUCAUCAUCAUCAUCAUCAUCGUCAUCAUCUCCACAACCAACUGGACCCAGACCGUACCUGGACCUGGACUUGUUCUCCUCAGCUCGUGCACGUGGGUACAGCACAGAGCAAAUCUCUGAUGCCAUCAUCACCUUCUUUUACCUGACUUGUGGCCAGUUCCCCGACUCUCCCCUCCUGCUGGGUCUGCUCAAGGCCGGCACUGACCACCACAAGAUGCUCUGUGACAAGACACAGGAAGUAGUGGACAUCAGUUCGGAGAACCAGGUCAUUAAGUCAGAGAACCAGGUCAUUAAGUCAGAGGUUGAAGUCAUUAAGUCAGAGGUCGAGGCAGUCAAAUCUGAGAACCAGGUCAAGGACACAGAGAUCCAGGCCAAGGAGAGAGAACUCCAGCGUCAGAGGUUUGAGCGUGACUGGCGUGAGCUGGCCAUGAAUCAGGUCAUAGAGGAGCUAGAAGAGAAAGACCAGGCAUUAGAAGAGAAAGACCAGGCAUUAGAAGAGAAAGACCAGGUGAUAGAAGAGAAUAGACAGGUGAUAGAAGAGAAAAACCAGGCACUCCUCACCAAAGAUCUACAACUGUCCAUGCUGAGACAAGAGUUACUAGAAAUGCGUGAACAUCAAAGACCUCGGUCAGCUCCCCUGGACAGACUGGACUUUGACACAGAAGACCAAUCCGAUGAUCCAGAUGUGGGAGAAUGUCAGAACAGCAGUCGUAUUGAAGAAGUUAAUGUGAUGUCUUGCCCGAUGUGUCAUGACGCACCCAUCCAGGUCUUGCUGCGUCCGUGUAAACAUCUGUGUGGCUGUGCCCUGUGUGUCUCCAAACUUGACGGACGAUGCCCUUAUUGUAGACGCGUCACCACUGGGAUGGAGAAAGUCUUUGUCCCAUGAUUUUCAAAAUCUAUACCUUUUGUGUGUGUAGAACUAGAUCUACAUGUUGCAUGAUCGAUUCUGCUGUAAUGAGGAGGUUAAUAUUGUAAGUUUACUCUUCCGUUGAGUGAUUCAAAUUUUAAAUAUUUCCUGUGGAAAUAAAACAUGACCAUCUUAUUCAGACGCACCUAAAGCCCCACUCAAUCUUUCUCCCUCCCUAACAGUAUCAAAAGGAGAUAAGUUGUCUACUUUAAAAUAUUUUUGUACAAAAGCAACUGGAAAUUAUUUUUGAAAAUAUAGAAUUAAUUGCUAAAGAUAGAUUAUAUACUUAAGUGUUAACUAACACUAACAGUAGCAGUCACUGUUUCUAAACCUAUUCCCAUUUUGUAGUUGUUCGUGGAAGCUCCACUGAUCAGCCGAUCUCUUAAUUGAAUGAUCUAAAUUGAAUUGAUGGAGAUGGAAACAUAUAACAUCUAUUUUGUUGUUAGUCUAUUGUCGUUGGCCAUAUUUGAUGCUCUUUGAUAAGAAUAAUCUAAUCUUCCUCUAGAGGACAAAACACAAGCUGCUGUUGUAUUUUUUACACACUAAUUGAAGUUUCUCAUACUUUUAAAGAAUCUGUUUCUCAUUACAAUGUUAACUUUCACAUAUUCUUAAGAUGACUAUGAAGUUGUUUUGUAUAGUUGUAAUAUAAUAUAUAAUGCGAUGCCUUAGAAAAGCAGUAAACUAGACCAGGCGAGACA